CCUCCGUGGCCCGCCCCGCGCCCCCGCGCCCGGCAGCAUGGUGUCGUGGAUGAUCUGUCGCCUGGUGGUGCUGCUGUUUGGGAUGCUGUAUCCUGCUUACGCUUCCUACAAGGCUGUGAAAACCAAGAACAUUCGGGAAUAUGUUCGGUGGAUGAUGUACUGGAUCGUCUUUGCGAUCUUCAUGGCGGCGGAGACCUUCACAGACAUCUUUAUCUCCUGGUUCCCUUUCUAUUAUGAGAUCAAGAUGGCCUUUGUGCUGUGGCUUCUCUCACCCUAUACCAAGGGGGCCAGCCUGCUCUACCGGAAGUUUGUCCACCCAUCCCUAUCCCGCCAUGAGAAGGAAAUUGACAUGUACAUCGUGCAGGCCAAGGAGCGCAGCUACGAGACGAUGCUCAGUUUUGGGAAGCGGGGCCUCAACAUUGCUGCCUCUGCUGCCGUGCAGGCUGCCACUAAGAGUCAAGGUGCCCUGGCUGGCAGGCUGCGGAGCUUCUCCAUGCAAGACCUGCGCUCCAUCCCUGACACCUCUGCUCCUGCCUACCAGGACCCCCUCUAUCUGGAAGACCAGUUGCCCCACAGGAGGCCGCCCAUUGGGUACCAGGCAGGGGGCCUGCAGGACAGUGACACAGAGGACGGGUGCUGGUCAGACACUGAGGCAGUCCCCCAGCCACCCAUCCGGCUCCGAGAGAAACCCCUGAACCGCAGCCAGAGCCUGCGUGUGGUCAAGAGGAAGCCACCAGUACGAGAGGGCACCUCACGCUCCCUGAAGGCUCGGAGUCGGAAAAAGACCAUACUCUCAGACAUGGACAGCUAGGUUCUGCAGAGUAGGCUCUCUUACCUUGUGCCUGCAGGGUGCCAAUGACAAUCAUCAGGAGACCUUUGGCCUCCCUGUACCAGGUGCCUAGGCUCCACCUCCUCCCGACUCCCACUUAAGGACCAAGAUAGCUGCUGCCGAGCCUGUGUAGAGAUGCACCCACAGUGCAUCAAAACAGGCCAGGCCCAGUGUCCUAUCUGUUGCCUUCCUCAGCCCUCUGCCUUCCCAGAUGUGGGUCCAGAGGCCCUGAAUACCUACACAUGAAACCAAAAGUCUGCCCAGCUGUGAUCAUUCCCUCCUGCCCUUCAAAGUACUUGACAGCCUUUUCUAAGGCCUGGUGUGCGUGUCUGGGUGUGUGUUUUGUGUUAAUGAGUGAGGUCAGGCUUGUGAACAUUUUGAUAAAUAAAUCCCUAAAGGUGUUCGC